AUGCGCUCCUUCUCCUUCCUCGCUGCGGCCGCUCUCGUCGUCUCCGUCGCCGCAGCCCCUAACACGGGCAGCUCGAGCCAGCUCAAGCCCGUCUCGGACCCUCGCGUCUGCGGUACGACCAAGACCCCCGAUGCCGCGGCUGAAAAGGUCAUCGCUGCCAAGGUUGCUGCUCUCGAGGCUCGCAUCGCCUCUGCUCGUGGUAGUGGUUCUGCGACUAGUCGCCAAGCCGCCAUCGCCGCUGUCGUCGCCACCAAGAACGUUCCUGUGUACUUUCACGUGAUCCAGAACGCUACUGGUACGUGCCGCCAACUUACUCAUUCAACUCUCGUAUAUCAUCUGUUCAUAUUGACCUGAUCAUGGUUCCGAUGUUUGUAACGUAAACAGGAACUUCGACGCGCAACGGCUACAUCUCGGCCGCCACCAUCAACUCGCAAAUCUCGGUCUUGAACCAAGGUUUCGCCAACUCUGGCGUGUCGUUCACUCUCGCUGGCUCCGACUACACCGUCAACAAAGACUGGUUCACCAACGUUGGACCCUCUACGAGGCAACAAACCGCCAUGAAGAACGCCCUCCGCAAGGGCACGGUUGCCACUCUGAACCUGUACAGGUGAAUUUGGGUUUUCGCUGUGCAGCACAACUACAAAUCGCCAUUUUGUUCUGACUCGGUGCCAUUCUCUCGACCUUGGUGAUCUUUGCAACACAGUGUUGGCUUCAUCGCCGGUUCCGGACAAGGUACGUCUGCGUGUGGCAAGAGCGGUCCCCUUUCGGCGUGCCGCUCGCCUUGCUCCUGUCGCCCAUUCGGCCUUUGCUAACUGGAGACACCUGGCGUUUAGGACUCUUGGGAUAUGCCACUUUCCCCGAGUCGUACAGUGGGGCCCCCAAAGACGACGGUGUCGUUUUCUUGGUGAGCCAGUUCAAAGCUUUGUCGCCUCGGUAACCCAAGCACUGCUAAUCACGCGCCUUUCCGCACACAGUACUCUUCGGUCCCGGGAGGCGCUACGCAGAACUAGUGAGCUUGAGUGGAUCAAGAAUUGUGCAACCGUCCUCAAUUACUGAACACCGCACCCCCUUACUGUUGCCAGCAACCAAGGCAAGACCGUGACCCACGAAGUGAGUUGACACUCACCUUGCUUUGGUCAACUCGAAUGCACGAAGAGUAUGCCAACCUUCUGCUUGUUCUUUUCACAGGUUGGUCACUGGGUUGGGUGAGUACUGCUUUACGACUUUCCUAAUCCUCCGAAGCUAUCGUCAUGGACGGGGGGUAGGAGCUGCGCAGCCAUCUCCAACGAAGCAGCUGACACUUCCUCCUUCUUCUAGCCUCUACCACACCUUCCAGGGCGGCUGCACUGGAAGUGGUGACUAUGUUUCUGACAGUGAGUGCAUCACUCAGUUGUCGGACGCUCUUCUGGCCACCAUGCUUGCCACUUACGCCGCCAGCCCCCCCUAUCCUUCUUCGCAGCUCCCGCCGAAGCAUCUCCUGCAAGUGGAUGCCCCUCGGGUCGUGACACAUGCAGUUCUCCUGGACUGGACCCUGUGACCAACUACGUACGUUGGCGUUCCCUGUAUCGUUGCUCUGCGCGCACGUUACUCGCUAUCGAUCGCCCAAAGCUGACCUCCGGCAUUUUGGCCCCCAUUCUUGCGAUAUCUUCACCUCCUGCGCUUCAUAAAUCAAAUACAAAAAGAUGGACUACUCUUACGAUAGCUGCAUGGACAACUUCACGUCCGGUCAAGCUACACGUCUCAUCUCGCAGCUCGAGACUUACCGUGGCCUCUGA